AUGUCCCGAAUUGGACUCUGCCUCGACUCGUGCUGCUUGCUGACGGUUGUCCGCUCCCCGCAGAAGCAUGAAUCGUUCGCAUGUCUCCCCCGUGGCCCGACUUGCAAUGCGCGCCGUUUUUCGAGUUCCGAUAUCGCCCGGUCAGUAAAUAAUGACUCUCCAGUCCAGCCAGACUGGACAGGCUCGUUUCUGGCCAGGGAUUAUCACCAAUUGAAUCGCCAGCGGGCCCAAGAGAAAUUGGCAGAUAGAGAAUUCUUCCUCAGUCUACUGAGUUCGGCGUCUACAAAACGCGAUGCCAAAUCUUAUCUCUCCAGAUUUCCAUCCGCUCCCAACAAACUCCGGCCGCGCACAAUUCGAGACAAGAAGAAUGAGGUGGACUUGACAAAGGAGACCGUCAAGCCCGGAGUCAAUCUGGGCUCGCUGUACGGGGCUACGAGGUCGGUGUUGAACAGUCCUGUGUUCCGCCAGGAUGCGACUGCAGAGCCGAACGAAGGGCUGGACGAGAGGCUCCAUGUCGCUUUGGUGAAAGUGACUACGCCGCAGCUGCUGGACGACGAGACGGUUCGAGGAGUUGCGCUGACGCUGUCCCAACUCAUGCGGCUGGGAAUGGCCUCCUGCGUGGUGGUCGAUCCAGGGCCAAUUGAGGAUGUAGCCGCGUGGCGGAAGGUUGCGGAGGAACAAGCAAGUCGACUAUCGGCAGCCAUAGAUGCAUGUCAUGGACCCUCGGCGCGUCGUCUCGAUUCAGCACUCGUUGUCCAAGACUCGACCUGCCUCUUCCCGAAGCCGCUUUCUCGACAAAUCCUCCUGAACCCGCUGCACCAGAACCACACGGUGGUGAUCGUUCCAGUGGCGUACACCGAGGACACGUCAAAGGCACUCCCGGUGCCUGCGAACGAUGUCAUCCUUGCCCUCACCAGGGAAUUAGCAGGGCUGGGAACGACGCCCGAUCCCGAGGAGGAUCCUGCAGUUACUGCGGAGAGGAUCAGCCGGCUGCAGAAGGAAGUGUCUCUUGAUCGGUUGAUUUUGCUAGAUCCCUUGGGCGGAAUCCCCGCCUUCAGUGGCCCUCAGCAGUCCCACGUCUUCAUCAACAUGGAGCAGGAAUACGAGGAUAUUGAGGAGGAGCUGCUGCAGAGGAUUUCGUCGCAGCAAGUGGUGACGACGAGCGAUGGCGCCUCUGCAGAAGGCAACGGCAUGUCUUCGAUAGUCAACAGUAACCCGUUUUCACGCUUUGUGAGCUCCGAGUUGGUCUCGUUACCGUCGCAGCGCCAGGGCCAAGAACGACAUCAAUGGCACAGCCAAGGAGUGCACACUCCGCUAGAGGGCCAUCUGGACAAUCUCCGACUGUUGCGCCAAGCGCUGGCGAUCCUGCCGCCGUCGUCGUCGGGCAUCAUCAUUACGCCGACGGAUGUCGCGAAUUCCGCUCGACCUCCUAAGGAGUCCUUGCAGGUCUCCGCUGUCGGGACGCGACGGCAGAAGAAUCCCCUGAUACACAACCUGCUCACGGACAAGCCGUCGCAUUCGCCGUCUCUGCCUCUGAGUCGACUGAGUGCGAAUCGGGAUUCCACGGGACAGGUGACACGGCCGAUUGUGCACUCGACGUUUGUCAAACGGGGGAUGCCUCUGACGAUUUUGCCGAAUCCCCGGGUGACGCCUUGGACGCCGGACAACCGCGGAGAGCCGCGACUGACGCUGGACGAUCCGCGCAUCGACCUGCCGCGGCUGGUGCAUCUGAUCGAGGACUCGUUCAACCGAAAGCUGGACGUGCAGCACUACCUGAACCGGAUCAACGACCGGAUCGCGGGGCUGAUCAUCGCCGGGGAAUACGAGGGCGGAGCGAUCCUGACGUGGGAGACACCGCCGGGGGUGGAAGACGACGGCAGUCCAGCCAGCCUGGCGCGGAUGGUGCCGUACCUGGACAAAUUCGCCGUUCUGAAGCGCAGCCAGGGGGCCGGCGGAGUGGCGGACAUCGUGUUCAACGCGAUGGUGCGGUCCUGCCUGCCGCAGGGCGUGUGCUGGCGCAGCCGGAUGGACAACCCGGUCAACAAGUGGUAUUUCGAGCGGGCGCGCGGCAGCUGGAAGCUGUCCGGGUCGAACUGGGCCAUGUUCUGGACGACGCCGGGGGUGCCGGAGGAUGCACAGCGGUUCCGGGAUUACGAGGCGGUUUGUCGCAGUAUCCAGCCUAGCUGGGCGGAUAAGAAGACGGUAGUUGAUUAA